UGUUCUUUUUGUUCAGGCAGUCCUUUUGGCACAGUAGUAGGGGUCCACUGCAGAUGACGUCUCUGGUGAUUUGGAGAUGUUGUAGCUAAACUUAAUAACCGCUGCGUUGUUGUUGUUGUUGUUGUUUUUAAUUCAUGUUUACAAAUGCGAAGUACUUAUUAUAAGCCCCUAAAUGGCACACACGGUGCAUAUACCAAACUGAAAGCUUCAGGUCUGACUAAAGCGGACUCCUCCAGCUCAGCCAUGCCUCAGAAACUCCAAAAAAGUGCCCAGACCUCUCACUAUAUCGAGCUUGGAGGUUAUCAGUAUUGGCCUGUGCUGGUGCCCCGAGGUAUCAGACUGUACACCUACGAACAGAUCCCGGUGUUUCUGAGGGAGAACCCCUACAUCACAGAUGGAUACAGAGCCUACCUGCCCUCCAGACUGUGCAUCAAAAGCCUCUUCAUUCUGUCCAAUGAGACGGUGAAUAUCUGGAGCCAUCUGUUGGGCUUCCUGCUCUUCUUCUGCGUAGGGGUGUACCACAUGGCCUCGGUGCUGCCGGACAUCGGCGCCUCCAGAGAGGACUACGUCAUCUACUCCAUCGGAGUCUUCUGCUUCCAGCUGUGUAUGCUGUGUUCGGUCGGUUAUCACCUGUUCUGUUGCCACCGCUCGGAGAAGACCAGUCGCCGCUGGUUGGCACUGGACUAUGCAGGAGUUUCCAUCGGCAUCCUGGGCUGCUACGUCCCCGGAGUCUUCUACACCUUCUACUGCAAUAACUACUGGCGGCAGGUGUACCUGGUGACGGUCUUGGCCAUGAUCCUGGCCGUCUUCUUCGCUCAGAUCCACCCUCAUUACCUCAGCAAGCAGUGGAAGCAGCUGCGCUCGCUCAUCUUCUGCUCGGUGGCCGGGUACGGCCUCAUCCCCACCGUCCACUGGAUCUGCAUCACUGGAGGCUUCUCCUCAGAGCUCGUCCAGGCUUUUGUUCCGCGAAUCCUGGGGAUGUACUUCAUCGCUGCAUUAGCUCUCAUUUUCUAUGUUUCUAAAGUUCCUGAACGCUACUUCCCAGGUCAGCUGAACUACCUGGGCUCCAGCCACCAGGUGUGGCACCUGCUGCUGGUGCUGAUGUUUUACUGGUGGCACCAGUCAUCAUGCUUCAUCAUGGCGUACAGACACAGUCAGCCUUGCCCUGACGUCACGCAACACGGCUAGAAUGCUGCUCUGCAUGCUGGGAUGCCUGACUCUGUUAAACUCUUGACGAAUAGCUGCACUUACCUGAAAAUGUUUUCAGUCCCCCUGACCUCCGAGUCUCUGGAUGUGAGGCGACACAAGUCGAAAGUAUAUUCUCAAGAUAAAGGAGUGAUUGUCGCACACAGUUUUACCACACUGUCAUCAACUAAAACUGCGGUUAAGCUACAAAAGCUCUAAAAUUUGUACUGCGUUCAGUUUUACGUAACUUUAAGAAGCCUCAUCAUGGCUGGCAAGUUUAGUUAAGUAGCAUUUUUAUAGGAAAUCACACAUUUCUAUAAGUGCCUGUUAAUGAAAUGUCAUGUAGCUGUUGUAUAUUUAAAUGAUUCACUAUUUUAAAGGUUUAUAAGCAUCAAUCUGAGACCCACCCACCCCCCUAAAUCAGGCUUCCUUCAGUAAACAAUCGCGUAAAUGACCUUGAAAGGGAAAAUGAAAUGUUUUACUGUAGAUGUUGUCAUUAUGAUGCACAGUUAUACUAAAAGUACAUGUGCACGUGAGUCAACAGUCUGUUCAGUGUUGAGAUCCGCUGAGCCCAAUCAUUCAGUUUUUAUGUUUCCAAACUCGAAAAGUUGUUUGUGGUGAAACUGUGAGGUACUGCCUAACGAAACGAAAACUAGCAAAAAACUAACCAGUAUUUUUUUUAAACGCAAUUCAUGUUUAGACGGAAAAACCAAAGAGUCGGAGCCUCUGCCGCGGAGCAAAGCUCUAAAUAUUAUCUUCAUCAGUUUAUAUUCUUUCAUUUUGCCCGUGCAGUAUUGGUGUUUCUGUUUGUUGCUGCUGAGUGAGACGAUUGUUUUAGUCCAGGAUGAUGAGAUGUAGUAACUCAGAAUACAGGUAUUACAAAGACCCGCAGGUAUGUCAGUACAUUAUGCUUCUUUUUUUUUCAUUGUUGUCUUGUGUUGGGCUGCACUGCCUCUGUGUUCAAACCUAUUUCAGAGCUGUACAGUUUUAUUAACAUAAUCCCUAAAUUUCUACUAUAAAACUAUUGUUCACUCUCCCUCACAUCUCUAUUGUAUUAUUUUACAGCCCUAACAAGCAAGUCGAGGCUUAUUGAAGUGUUGAGUGUUGACUUUUUUGGUGUUAAAGGCACAAAGCUUGCCCUGUAGGGGCUGCUAGUGAGACCUUUAUGUCUACUCCAUGAAGUCAUGUUGACAGUGCAAUAAUUAGCAGCUUGUACAAAAAGUACACUAAUUUCCUGUACACUAAAAAACGCACACGCAACUGAAAGGUAGAGGGAGAAAAGUCAGACUUUUACUUUUCAGUUGCAGUGCUCAACAAUCCAUUGAUUUAUUCGACUUACUGUAAUUAUAGUAAAGUUAGUUUUGAAAACAGGACACAGUUUUGUUCUUCAAGAUUCAAGCACUGAUUUAACAGUUUGAAAUUGUAUACACACACAUGUAUUGCAGUUCAUAUCGCAACUGCAACUUUUCUCUGUUCUUCGCAACCAUGUUAACUACUGUAGAUUCAGAUGACUUUACUACUUUGCUUUUUCUCUCCUCGUUAACAGCUGGAACGACAUCUGGACUUGUUCUCCAGCUCUUUUAGGGUGAUGUGCAAUGUUAAAGUGGCUCUCGUUUUGUGUUUUAAUGUUUUCAUUCCAAACUGUAACACAAUCCAUGUUGGAACUAAAUUGCUCACUUUAAAAAA